GAGGCGAGUGGCCGUGUCUCUGCAGAGGGCCCUGUCUGCCUGUCUCCCUCCCACGGCCCCCGGACGGACGGCGAAAUGUCGCGUGGGUCCAGCGCCGGCUUCGAUCGCCACAUCACCAUCUUCUCCCCCGAGGGGCGUCUCUACCAAGUGGAAUACGCCUUCAAAGCCAUCAGCCAGGGGGGGCUGACCACCGUGGCCGUGAGGGGGGAGGACUCUGUGGCCGUGGUCACCCAGAAAAAAGUGCCGGAUAAGCUCCUGGAUCCCGGCACCGUCACCAACCUGUAUCGCUUGACGGAGACCAUCGGCUGCGCCAUGACCGGCAUGAGCGCCGACGGCCGGUCCCAGGUGCAGCGCGCCCGGCACGAGGCAGCCGAAUGGAAGUACAAGAAGGGCUACGAGAUCCCGGUGGCGACGCUGUGCCGGCGCAUGGCUGACAUCUCCCAGGUCUACACGCAGAACGCCGAGAUGAGACCCCUGGGCUGCUGUAUGAUCCUGAUCGGGAUCGACCACGAACUGGGGCCCCAGCUGUUCAAAUGCGACCCGGCAGGCUACUACUGCGGCUAUAAAGGGACCACUGCUGGGGUGAAGCAGACCGAGGCUAACAGCUUCCUGGAGAAGACCUUGAAGAAGAAACAGGGCUCGCCUGUGGAUCCUGUCGAGCUGGCGAUUACUUGCUUAUCGACGGUCCUCUCCACGGACUUCAAGGCCAGCGAGAUCGAAGUGGGGAUAGUGACAUCAGAGAGUCCCCGAUUCCGGACACUGAGCGAGGAUGAGAUCGAGCACCACCUGGUCGCCAUCGCAGAAAGGGAUUGACCUCAAUGACCACUGAGUCCUUCAGGACAAGAAACCGCUUCUGAAAGGGACUCCUCGAAAGCCUGGAUCUUAGUUAUCACAUUAACAUGUGGAUUCCCCCAGAGCAAUCCACUGACAACAGGGCUAAUGUCACGAUAGCUUGCAGUGCUUUUUAAAAUGUUUAAUUAAG